AAUGAACUGUAAUUGAGGCACGUAGCAACAAUGUUGGCCGUCGCUAGCUUAGAAUCUGGUUUAGAUUCAUAUAACUAGUAGAAGUUCCUAAAGUUGGACGAGCGCGCACACAACUGCGCAAUUAUUCCACGCACAAUCCGCGCCCAAACGAGCUUGGGCGGAAAAUACCGCGCAUCAGUCCGGCCGCCGCGCUCUCUCAUCGAUCUGUCGAGUGCGCUUUCAGGAAUUAUCUAACAUCCCAAGUGUAGUGUGUGAAAGGAAAAAUGUCCUUUGAUACCGAUGAAUUACGUGACGAACACCUUAAAAUUUUCUGAGAAAUAAUGAACGGCGUGAAGUUAGAUCAGAAUGGUGACGGUGACGGUAUAAACGGGUUACAUUCCACAAGUAAUGGCCACCACCACCACCAACCCCACAGGAAGGUGUACGAAAAUGAAGAUAUCCACCGAGAUACUGAUGUAGAAGACGUUGACUCUGUUAGAUAUCCCGAUGGCACGGUUCGACUCCGGAAUCCCAACAUCGAGCUCAUGGAUCAGGACAUCCUGUACCACCUCACGCUGGGCAGCGGGUCACAUGACUUGGUCGAGAUGUUUGGAGAUGUCAAGUUCGUGUGUUUUGGCGGCACACCAAAGAGGAUGGAACAGUUCGCACACACCAUAAUGGCAGAGAUCGGACAUAAGCUCCCGUGCGGCACCACUCUGCAGGAUAUCUGUCAGUUCUCCUACCGAUACGCAAUGUACAAAGUCGGACCUGUGCUCUCCAUCAGCCAUGGGAUGGGUAUACCGUCUGUCGGUAUCCUGCUGCACGAGGUUAUCAAGCUGAUGUACCAUGCGAAGGUCCGGGAUCCAGUCUUCUUCAGGAUAGGCACGUGUGGAGGCAUCGGGUAUGAGGGAGGCACCGUGGUAAUAUCCGAAGAGGCUGUAGAUGGUGCGCUGAGAAAUGUUCUGGAGUUGACAGUGCUAGGCAAAACAAUUCAGCGGCCAGCGAAAUUAGACCGUCGACUUGUGCGUGAACUGAAGGGUCUAGCGGACCCCGAGGAGCCUUACGAUAUUGUGACUGGAAAGACAAUGUGUACCUAUGACUUUUAUGAAGGGCAAGGGCGUCUUGACGGUGCCUUCUGUGACUUCACGGAAGCCGACAAGAUGGAGUACCUGGAACGAGUCCACAAGCACGGCGUCGUCAACAUCGAAAUGGAGUCUCUGGCGUUCGCCGCGCUCACACACCACGCCGGGAUCAAGGCGGCCGUCGUGUGUGUCACAUUGCUGGACAGAUUAAAGGGAGAUCAGGUUUUGUCACCCAAAGAAGUUUUGGAUGAGUGGCAGCAGCGACCGACAAAACUCAUUUGUCGUUACAUUAAGAGAUAUCUUCAGCUGAAGGGCCGCAUAUCUCUGGACGGCCAUGGCUCGAUCGCUGUGAUGAGUCCGCGGCGGUUUAAGCUGGUUCAGCAAGAGUCCGAAACAUAUGAUUAAAUAAUAUACCUAACAACGGAACAACUUAUAUUACUAUUAUCUACUUUUAUAUUUUAAUUUUGCUUGUAACUAAGUAAUUUAUUUUAGUUUAAUAUCUAGUAUAGGUUCCCGUGCUGUCAAUAGAUGGCGAUGUACCUGCGUAGUAGAUUUGCCGAACGAAUUGGCGGUAAAAUAGGGGUGGAGGGGAGAAAGCGCCCUGUUAAUGGCACUGCGCUAUUAGUCGAGACGUUGUGGGACGUCGGCGCUUCACUAAUACAGACGCGUAUAAAAAGUUUAAGAAUCGUUUCCUGUCACGCGGAUUUCCAUCCGCGUCCGGAGCUAGUCCGCAUGUGUUUACUCCGAACGCUCCUGCCAACACGCAAGACUAUGUCCUGAACUGCAAUCCGCCAAUCCAAUCGCGUUUCGCGCGCGUGAUAACAAACACAUGUUUAAAAUAAUAGGAUGCUGGUGGUCCACACGCGGAGGUAUUUCCGCGUGAAGGUAAACCGCUCUAACAGAAUGUUAACACACCCUCUAGCAGAGUGUCGUGGGUGUUAACGACUAAACGUGCACAAACAUACCCCCACCCCCUCUCAGUGCUGUUUUUUUUCUUGUCGCGAACUAAAUAGUAUUUUUAAAAUGCGAUGCCUAAUCAGAACUAUAAGGAAAUUAAAAUAAGCUACUUUAUGUCUUAAGUAAUAUUAUUCAAAAAAUCAAAGGCAGAAUUUUGUUAACUUAUACUAUUUAAUGCUCAACACUUUGGCAUAUCAGUCUCACUCUAACACUGAAACAGAAAUGACUAUAUAAGACGGUCGAGAGAGUAGUGGACGGUGGUAUAUACCUAGUAUGUUGUAUCUUUAUAAUUUAGUAAUGAUGCGAUCGAUAUUCAUCAUUGUUAUAUCUGAUGUAAGUAUCUACCAAAUAUAUGAAGGUCAAAACUAUUUUGUAAUAUUUCGCAAGUUAGAUGCAGGCGCAGCAUGCUGCAUAUCUUCAGAUCCUCGUUAGUUCAAGUCGUAUUUAAAACAGGAGAAGAGUCAACUUACUAACACCUUUGUUUGGUCGCCCAUGAAGGAUAAAAUAAAAUAAAAUCUGUGUUUCUUAUUAUAUACUAUAAGAAAUAAAAUCAUUGAAUAAAAGUUAAUCAAAUCUUUUCAAAAUAUAAAUCUUUCCUUCUUUUAAUCAGUAUUGUGGUUUGCAACUUAUUUUUACUGAUACCAACCGACUGCCAUUCUGAGACUCUGAUAAUAUAUACCAAAAUAACAAAUACAUUAUGUUGUAUUUAGUAUGUGUCACAUUGUCAGCAUUGUGUCAUGUUGUUUCCUCUAUUUCAAGUAUAAUAUCAAGUUAUGUUCAGAAAUACAUAUAAGUAUACCAUCACAGUAUAUACACGGGAAAUCUUGCAAAAUAAUUUAUACUUUGAUAUAUUAUUGUCAGAUUAUAUCACUUGUAACAAUAUUAUUAUAAUUGUUUCAAUGUGAGGGGGUUCCUGCUACUAGUAUUUUAAUUUAAUUUACAUACACACAAAGUCUUGAACCUUUAAGAUUGGACUACGCAGUAAAAAAAAUUGGUGUGGACUUAGAAUGAUAUUAUUGUUAGUUGGGCUGUAAAGUGUUUUUAGAUAAAUAAUGUUCAAUAUUUUGAGUGUCUUCUUGUAGCUAUUUAUAACUACUUAUUAAAAAAUUCUAUUUAUACGAUAUAUUAACUAACACGUUGCAUAUCUCUUUUUCCUACAAUAAUUUAAUUUAUAUACCUACCCGCACAAAUAUAAUGUUUGCUGUGUUUUUAACAUAUUUUUUAAAUACGAGUUCUACGAAUGUUUGUUAUUAUUAGAUACAAAUCCUUAAAUUUUUGACGAUAUAUUUUUUGUGAGUAUAUUUUUUCUGUAGUCUUAAUAUCAUAAGUAUUAAUAAUUUUUGUUACAUGUUAUUUAUAUUGUGACUGUAGUGUAGUGUAGUAGUUAAACAUUUUAAAUUAUUAAACGAGUUCUUGUCUGGAUUACUUUAAUCCAGUACUAUUUAAGAGAAGAGUUUGUUUGUUGCUAAUUUUGUUUUUUUGCAUAUUCCGUCGGAAAACUGUUUUAAUGGGAAUCAAUUCUUACUAAUACGGCGUUCAAUAAAAUAUGUCCCUAUGAUGUUAAAUGUGCAGUUAAAGUUUUUAGUAAUGUUAGCUGAAUACAAAUAUUGACUAAAUAUUAAGUCGAUAUUGUAAUGUGCUUCCACAGUAAUGAAUUGUUGUUAGAUAUGUCGUUUUUGCACGGUCUGUUGUCAUUAACUGCUUAAGAUUUUGAUGUCAUUGUUAAUAAGGAUAGAAAUUAAUAUCAAUGUUUAAUAAUUCAAUAUGGAUUUCAUGAUCUUUAGAUAAAACUACAUUGUUAUUGCUUAAAUAUAUAAUAUAAAUUUUAUAUAACUAGGCAUAUUAUGAGAUCUUUCAAUGUAUGUAAAUUGUGAAGAUUUCAGCUCCUCAGACCUAUGGGUUCGAGCUACAGGCAUUUCAUCCAAUAGUGCGCAAAAUAUUAUUAAAUAGUAUUAAAUUUAAAUUAGAAGCUUAGUCGACAAAUACCGUUGAUGUAUUAUGGUUACAAACUUCACUUGUAUUAUUUGCCACAGUACAUUACGAAUUGCCGUUACAUAAUUUAACUUAGGAUAAUGUAGUGCAUCUUACUCGUGCCGUUGCAACAAUAUGUAUGUAUAUAAUACUCAUUGCUAUGCUAUAGGUACUAAUCAUAUUUUGUUCAGGACAAUACCCAUAAAAGGGUAUUAUUAAAUCAAAUAUUUUUGGAAAUAUCUAGUUACAUAUCUGAUUAAAGUAUUUCCUAAUUUUUCCUAAUGAUCCUCUAUGUAUUCAGCAUUUCCAUUUUAUUCUCGAGUCUUCAUAUUAUUAUGAUAAUAAAUAGGUACUGUGUUACAAUGAAUAAAUAAAAUAAUUGUUGCGAUA